UAAAUAUCUUCAUUAAUCCAAUAUAAAAUCGAUUCUCUUUUUCCCUUUUCUUUCCCGAAUGCGUCGACGUGAUUUUCCCUUUUUUUAAUUUUUCUAUUUUAAUGAUUGCAAGCGAGAAAAGGGGGGUUAUAAUAUUAAAAUAGCGUUGUUGGCAAAAAGCCUUUGAAACGUUCUCAUUCACACAUUUUUGAUUUUAUUUGUUGGAAAGUUUUUUUGCUUUAAAAACGAUUUUCUAUUUGAUUUAAUAAUUUUUACCGUUUCGAGCCACAAAAUCUUUUAAAUUUCUUUUGGUAAAAUCCAAUUUCGUAUCCCACCCCCCUCCUCUUCCUUUCCUUUCGCAUUAGAAAAUGGUUAGAUCUGCUACCUUCCUAGUAACUCUACGCCUUAAAUGUCCCGAUCUGGUUUUUAGAACCUUGCCAAAGCUAAGUGCAUGUACCCUACACUGCCUACAUUAUUCCCAAAAAGCUUUUAAAUGUGUAACAGUUCUAUUAAUCCAAAAUUAUGAUAAACAAACAGAAUACCGGACAAUAGGUUCUAUAAAGCAGAACGGGUACUUAAUCGAAUAGAGUAAGUCUGACCAUUUUGGUACUUUGAGGAAGGAAAAGAUGGAGGGGGUACGGAGUUGUUUUUUUUUGUUUUCAAUUAGAAAUGUUUUAACAAUUUCCUUAAAUAUUUACAUACAUUAAUUUUAUUUUAAAAAACGCUAUCUAUAAAAAAAUGUCUGAAGGUUUAGUUCAAAGAAGGCGAAAAAUUGUGGAAGAUGUUGAACAGGCAAACGAAAUUGAGCAGAACGACAACCAGCCAAAUGAAGAGGAUGAUACAGAAAAUAAUGAUAAAAUUCAGCGAUUAACUUUAAUGGAAGAAAUUUUGUUGUUGGGACUGAAGGACAGAGAGGGCUACACUUCUUUCUGGAAUGAUUGUAUAAGCAGUGGGUUGCGUGGCUGUAUUUUAAUUGAACUUGCCUUGAGGAAUCGAAUUGAACUUGAAAAGGCUGGCGUUCGCAAAAGGGGUUUUUCUUCUCGUAAAGUGCUCUUAAAAAGCGAUAAACCAACGGGUGAUGUUAUUUUGGAUGAAGCAAUUAAACACAUUAAGGAAACGAAUCAAAACGAGUCAGUUGUCUGUUGGGUAGAAUAUUUGAGUGGAGAAACAUGGAAUCCUCUCAAAUUGCGUUAUCAAAUUAGGAAUAUGCGUGAAAGAUUAGCCAAGAAUUUAGUCGAAAAGGGAGUUUUGACAACAGAAAAACAAAACUUUUUGCUCUUUGAUAUGACUACACAUCCGCUCAAUGAUUCAGGAAUUAAAGCGAAAUUGAUUAAAAAAGUACAAGAAUCAGUUUUAACAAGAUGGACGAAUGAUGUUCAACGGAUGGAUAAAAAAAUGCUUUCAUUAAUAAUUUUGGCUCAUGCUAGCGAUGUUUUGGAAAAUGCUUUUUCUCCGUUAAAUGACCAAGAUUAUGAAUUGGCAAUGAAACGUGUUAGGACAUUAUUAGAGACCGAUUAUGAAGCUGAAAGUGCCAAAAAGAUGGGCACACCUAGUGCUAAUGCUACAGAUGUGAUAUAUGCUGUAUUUGAAGCUUUUUCUAAAUGA